AUGGAUCAGUCCAUCAUCCGCAUCUCCAAGGAGCUCAGCGAUAUCCAAAAGGGCUCGGAUCUCGCCAUAGCCGUGGCCUGCCGCGACAUCGACGUCCGCAAUGUCAAGGCCCUCAUCAUCGGCCCCCACGAGACGCCCUACGAGUUUGGCUUCUUCGAGUUUGCCGUCCGCUUCAACAAGGACUACCCGUCCAAGGCGCCCAGCGUGCAGUGCAUCACGACCAACGGGGGCCUGUGUCGGUUCAACCCCAACAUCUACGCUAACGGCAAAAUCUGCCUGUCGAUUCUCGGGACAUGGCGAGGGGAAAGGGGCGAGGAAUGGUCCUCGGCCCAGGGCCUGGAGUCCAUUCUCCUCUCGAUCCAAAGCCUGCUGUCUUCCAACCCGUACGAGAAUGAGCCCGGCUUCGAGGAUGCUAACGAGGAGUCGGACAAGAGGAUGCAAAAGGCCUACGUCCAAAAGAUCCGCCACGAGACGCUGCGCAUCUCUGUCAUCCAGCGCCUCGAGGGCUACCUGGGCCUAAGCCCGGACGGAUCCAACCUGAAGAAGGACGACGACCUGGACGAGUCGGAUGAUAACGAUGUCCCGUUUGAGCCGUUCAAGGACCUGAUCAAACAACGUUUCCUCUGGUACUACCAGUCGUACCUGGCCGCGAUAGAGAAGAGCAAGUCGGAGGUGCGGGAGCAGCAGCUCUUUGUCAGAAUGCCCUUUGAGGCACCCAGCAGCAACACGAUGGAUGGGCGAUUCAACUACCCGGACCUCGAGCGCAGGCUGAAGAACAUCAAGGCCGCCCUCGACGCAGAGACGAAGCAGUGGGUGGACGAGGGCCUCGCGGCAAUAGCCAAGGAGUCGACGGUGAGUGUCAAUUUGCAGCACCAGUUCGACCAGGUCUCGGCUUCUCUGAAGCGAGGCGACAUGCCGCACGUGGUGAACCUCGAACACGGCAACCCCUUUGUUUGGAUCCUGACGUAUUUCGGACGCCCCAUGACAAACCUCGACGGCGGACUCUUCCGGAUCAGGAUGAGCUUCAGCCCUCGGUUCCCCGACGAGCAGCCUCGGGUGAGGUUCGAGACCAAGAUCUUCCACCACCACGUGGCGGAAGAUGGCACCGCGUGCUACACGCCCAAUCCCCUCAAGAGAGAGGACAUCAAGUCCCACAUCGAGGCCGUCAUCGCGACGCUCGAGGAAGACGACCCGGCGUACGACCCGAGAAAGAUUGUCAACCCAGAGGCCACGCGCAUGUACUGGGCCGGGGGGCAAGCCGACAAGAAGCUGUACAACCGGCGUCUGCGCCGGUCGGUGCAGCAGAGCAUGGAGGACCUGCCGGAGUAG